AUGACCGCAGACCUGGAGAAGGCGUCGUCAAAAGCCGAUGACAAGAUGGGCGAGGCUCAGCUGCACGAGACAACCGGCAAUGUGGUCGACAGCGAGUUGGCGCGUGAUGCCCAAGCUGGCGCCGACGCAGAGAAAUCGAUGACUUUGUGGCAAGGCCUCCGGGCCUAUCCCAAGGCUGUGGGUUGGUCUGUCGCAAUCUCUAUGGCAACCACUAUGGACGGAUACGACACAGGCUUUCUGGGUUCGCUUCUUGGACUUCCCGCCUUUAACAAGCAAUUCGGCUACGUCAACAACGGAAAAUACACCAUCCCUGCUUCAUGGCAGAGUGCAGUUUCCAACUCUGGCUCUAUCGGCAUCUUCAUCGGCGUCCUCAUCAACGGUUGGCUAACAGAGAGGCUGGGCCACCGCAAGAUUCUUCUGUCCUGUUAUGCUCUGCUCACUGGUCUUAUCUUCAUACCCUUUUUCGCCCCGACUCUGGGUGUCCUGGUGGCUGGUGAAAUCCUCUGUGGUCUAUGCUGGGGCCAGUUCAGCAUCACGGCUGCGACCUAUGCGUCCGAGGUCUGCCCUCUGGCCUUGCGAGCGUAUCUCACCUCGUACAUCAACAUCACCUGGAUCGUUGGCCAGCUCUUGGCCGCUUGCGUCAUGCGGGGCGUCUCUUCGAUGGAUGUCAACAAUCACUGGUCAUACAAGAUCCCUUUUGCCGUUCAGUGGGUUUGGCCCAUUCCGUUGUUCACCUUUGUCUGGUUCGCUCCCGAGUCUCCUUGGUGGCUGGUCCGACAAGACCAGUUGGACAAGGCCGAGCAGUCUCUGAAGCGGCUGUCUGCAAAGGAUAGCACUGUCGACACGAGGAACACCAUCGCUAUGAUGGUACAUACCAAUCAGCUUGAAAAGGCCGCCGAGACUGGCACCUCCUACAUUGAUUGCUUCAGGGGAACUGAUCGGAGACGUACAGAGAUCGCGUGCAUGGCCUGGGCCACUCAAGUUUUCUUUGGUCUGCCACUCAUUGGCAUCCCGACAGACCAGGCUUUUAAUAUGGGUGUCGGCAACCGUCUGGUCGCGUUUGUUGGUACUGCACUGUCCUGGGUGAUGCUCACCCACUUCGGACGUCGGCAGAUCUACUUGUUCGGUGUCACUCUCAAUGUGUGCGUCAUGCUAUGCAUUGGUUGUGCCUCGUUGGCCAACACCCACUCUGCAAUGUGGGCUCAGUCUAUUCUGCUGAUUCUGUGGCCCUUUAUCACGAGUAUGACGGUCGGGUCGGUGGCCUUCUCCAUCGUCACGGAGGUCGGCUCUACACGUCUCAAGGCCAAGACCAUCGCUCUGGCCCGGAAUACAUUCAACGGCCUGAACAUUGUCUGGGGUGUCGCUAUGCCCUACCUCUUCAACGAGACCGAGGCCAAUCUGAAGGGCAAGGCCGGAUUCAUCUUCGCCGGCACUGGUUUCCUCUGCUUGAUCUAUGUGUUCUUCCGUCUACCAGAGUUGAAGGGCCGAACUUAUGAAGAGCUGGAUAUUCUUUUUGCCGAAAAGGUUGCGGCGCGAGACUUCAAGAAAACGGUCGUCAAGGCAUACCAAGAGAACCUCGAGAAGUCUGAAGUCCAUGUUUUGAAGCAUUAA